AUGGCUCUGCCCGCUCUUCCUGUCGCCAAGACGAGGAAAAGCACUGGAGGCAUACCUACAUCGGCCUCAAAAUCCAGCCCGGCCACCCCAAACUCCAAGAGCGGCCUCAGGGCCCCUUCCGCUGGCUUCCUCCCCCCCACGACCCCUGCAUCAGCAUCCGCACUCCCGCAACCGCGUACAGUCUCUGCCAUGAGCAAUUCCUCGGUCCGGACGUUGCGCAAGACAGUGAGCAUCAACUCGUUUCCCCAGCCUCCACGGGGCGACACCCGCGUCAACAGUCUACCCCCGAGUCCAUUGCGUGCAGACUCCUCAUGGAACUCCACUCGCAAAUCAAAGGGCUCUGCGGCAUUAACGUAUUCGCAGAGCAAUGGCGCGCCGAGUCUGCUCAACAACAGCGCCGAGGGGAAGUCGAUAUCAAGCGCUAGCGUUCGCAUGUCCGACGGCCUUAUCAGUAUCUCUUCGCCGCCACAGAGCAGGAGCUCCUCAGCUCAGGAUUCCUAUUCAACUUCUGCGACGACGUAUGAUGACCCUGUCGAUGGAAUGGCGUCGAAAUCAACAUCUGACGGCACCAGUGACAAAAGAGGCUCCAAGCUAGACGGCAAGGGGAAUGUUUUGGUUAGUGUCAGAGUACGACCAGAUGCAAGUGGGAACGAAAACACAAAGGCCGAGGGCGAGUGGAUGGUUGAUGGACGCAAGUCUCUGGUUGCUUACAGAGGCAAAGAAGGCGGCGAUUACGUCUACGAUAACGUUUUCACGACGCACGACGACAACAGCCGAGUCUAUGACUGCAUAGCAAAGCGAUUGGUCCGCCGCGUCAUGGAAGGCUACCAUGGAACCGUUUUUGCCUACGGCAUGACUGGCACCGGAAAGACGUUUUCAAUGCAAGGGACAGCCUCUUCGCCAGGUGUCAUUCCCCUUGCCAUCACCGACAUCUUUUCCUACAUCAGGGAGACGCCGUCUCGCGAGUUUCUACUUCGUGUCAGCUACCUGGAAAUAUACAACGAGAAGAUUCACGACUUGCUGAGCAUGUCAACCGGCAACCCUGCCGGAGCCGGCGGACAAGAAGAAAUCAAGUUGCGCGAAGACAGCAAGCGCGGUGUUUAUGCCAGUCCAUUGAAGGAAGAAAUUGUGCAGAGUCCAACACAGCUUCUGAGGGUAAUCGCCCGCGGAGACCAAGCGCGCAGGACAGCAAGCACCCAAUUCAAUGCGAGGAGCUCCCGAAGUCACGCAGUGGUCCAAAUAGUGGUGGAAAGCCGGGAGCGGAUACCGGGAAACGCGGGCACCGGCGAAAGCAAACGAUCAGGGAUGCUGCCUGGUGGCGUCCGCGUGUCGACCCUGAGCUUAAUUGAUCUCGCUGGAUCCGAGAAGGCGGCCGAAUCCAAGGAGCGACGGACAGAGGGCUCGCACAUCAACAAGAGUUUGCUCACCUUGGGCACCGUCAUCUCCAAACUCUCCGAGCACAAAGACAAGGACGGAAAAGCCGCCGAUAAGGAUGGCAAGCACCUGCCGUACCGAGACAGCAAGUUGACCCGACUUUUACAAGGGGCUCUAUCGGGCGGCUCGCUUGUCAGCAUCUUGUGCACCAUCCAGAUCGGCGCAGCUGGUAGCGCUGCCUCUUCCAACUCCCACACGUCCGAAACCAUCAACACUCUCAAGUUCGCGUCUCGAGCCAAGAACAACAUUGUCAGCCACGCCAAAAAGGCGGAAGAGGCUCUUGGAAGCGGAGGGGAUGGCGGCGCCAGAGUCCUCUUGGAGCGGUAUCGCAUGGAGAUUCUGGAGCUGAGACAACAACUCGACAUGCAGGCCAAGGAGAAGAAGUCGAAGUACGCCGACGAAGAAAGAGAACGAGACGCUCUUGAGGAGAAGGCCCGUGAACUAGAGGCCGAGCACCGGCACGAAGAGCAAAUGCUUGAAAUGCAGCUGGCUCGAACGGCACUCAAGGAACGGAUUGAUCACCUUAACCGUCUGAUCUUGAGUUCCAAAUCAAUUGGCGUUAAUGCCAGCGGAUCCUACAGUGCUCUGGGCAUACACCCUCGGUCUUCCAUGGCUUCAGUACGAUCACUGGCUACCCCGAACAGCGGCAGGCCAAUGCUCGAAAGGACAGCAUCCAUGACGUCAGCUUCUUCAACCAUUGGUCGCCGGUCAAGUGGCCGGUCGAGCGGGGGCCAGCGCCGGUCCAGUGGCGAAGCGGACGCGGUGACGGACGACGACAGCAUCGGCGAGUUCGGAGAUGGCAGUGCCUCCCUGACGGCCCAGAACCGCGCGUUACAGGCCGACUUGGCAGACAAGACAAGAUAUAUCCAGACCUUGGAGAAGCGACUGAUGCAGGCACGAAGGGCCAGUUCUUCAAGAACAUCUGUCGGCUUCUCCGCCCCGAACAAGGCCAUCAUGGUCGGGGAAGACCACAGUGUGUCGACGGUGUUGAGGGAGAAGGAUGCCGAGAUUGCCGAGCUGAAAGCCCGACUUGACGAUAAAGAUCGCAUGUUGGCUGCGCUGCGCUCGGCAGCUCGAUCUCGAGACACGGCGGAGGGACAUCUGGAUGGCAGGACGUCUUCUCUAUAUGAGCAUAGCCCUCCACCAACGAUGAGCCCGCCACCAGCACCAUCAACCUCUUCGACCAACGUCCGCAACCCCACCAAGAAUGUUGACGAGAUGAGCAAGAUUCUAGACGAGAUGAUUCAAGACCACGUCGAGACCGGCCAUCUGGUUAAAGGGGCGAGGGGCAGCAUCCGCGUCGUCAACGACCGCAAGCUUGAGGUGCACCCAGAACUGCCGGUGAGACUCGAGCCGCUCAGGAAGACUGCAUCUUUUGACGAGACUGGCAAGGUGUCAGUGAUGGGUAUGUGA